AUGCAUGAUAAUGAUGAGGGAUCACUUUCCAAUGGAAUUUCACAUUCUCAAGCGUAUGCCGAAGAAGAAGAAGAAGAAAAAAAAAUGAUGCACAAUUUAAGUCGUCAAACAGGUUUUGAUUUACGUUCAAUGAUUCGCACUAUUAAGGAAACGAAAUCGUAUGAUACAGAACAGCGGCGUGAAAUUGUUCGCCUGUUAUCAAAACAAAUUCAUCUUGCAUUAGAAUAUCAAACGACAAUGGCCAAACGUCGUCGUUGCUGUUCUUUCUAUCGGCAUUAUUUAUGUGCACUCUACUUUUGUACGAAAUUAGCUUAUUUAUUAAAUGUUACUGGGCAGUUUUAUCUUCUAAACAUAUUUCUCUCAUUUUCAUUCUCAAAACUCGGUAUCGACUGGUUAAACAAUCGGCAUUCUAGUAGUGCAGACACGAGUGAGACAUUUGACACAGCACCGUUUCCUCGAGUGGUUCUCUGUGACUUUAUGAUACGACAGUUGGGUUCAAAUAAUCACUGCGUACGUCGCUUGUAUGUUAAAAGAUAUUUACAAAUCGCCAAUCGUUACGGGAUCAAAAGUGACUUGCGCAAUGAUAAAUAUAUGCUAGAUCAAUUUGUUUAUGAUUAUUUGAAAUUCGAUGGGGUAAUAGUAAUCAAAAUACUCGGAAAAAAUACAAAUGAUGUUGUUAUGACAGAAUUAAUAGCAGCUAUGUUUGAUAAAUAUUUGCAAGUGAGAACAAGACAAAUCGAGACAACGACAAGCAGUGGUUAUCGUGGCGAUGACCAAAUUUGA